AUGCCCAAAGAACAAACCUUUGAUAUGUAUAUGUGUCGUACAAUGGAAACACAAAAGUAUACAAGAAUAGAGCAAUAUUCUCCUUGGGUCAAUCGAACAGGAGACACUGAAAUUAAUCGUCACAUAAUCAAUGAAUUUGAAUAUCCAAAUUUUCCUUCCUUUGGAGACGGUGAAUGGGCCAAAAAUUAUAUGACUGUAAAUCAAAAGAAUGUUGGAGACAAUCUUAGAAAAAGAUUUCAAGUGGAUCUACCUCAAGAUUUUGACAAUGUUCCUUACUGUUGCAUUGCAUCAAAUUUAGUGAUAUCAUAUGACACAAGGAUGGAAUUAUAUUAUGCUCACUUGAGUCAUUGGGUUCAAGCAAAGAAUGGAAAAUAUUGGAUUGAGAGUUUUGAAUUUUCAAUUAAAGUUUUCUCUUCUUUUGUGACACUUGUGUACUUGAUUGUUGAUGAUUGUUGUUCUUGUGGAGACUCUUUGAGAUGA